AUGGGAAAAUUCAAUGUUAUAAAGUUCGAUUCUAAAGUUUUAAAUGCAUUGAAAGACAUACCAAAUUCGGGAGUGGAGGCAGAAAGAAAAAAACAACAUUUAGCUUUACAUCCGAUCCAUUUGAAUGACUUUGGCAAAUCUGUGAAAGAUUUACUGAAUGAAGAUGUGGCAAGAUAUAGUAAAGAUUUGGAUGGCAUUCUGCUAGGCUAUGAAGAUAUCAAACUAUUGAGCAAUGGAGGUUUUAUACAAACUGAUUCCUGUUAUAUCCAUAUUGACAUAGAGGCACAUUUCUUUGUCUUCAGACCAAAAAUAGGUGAAGAAAUGAAAGGGAUUGUUACAAGAAAGAGUAAAGAUCAUGUUGGAGUGCUUGUUUAUAAUACCUUUAAUGUUUCCAUACCCCCUGGAGAUGAAGAGGAAGACCAUUGGAUUGGACUGGAUGUUCAAGUUGGAUAUGAGGUAUCAUUUAGGAUAGUUUUCUUCACUAUGACAUCAUUUAUGCCCUAUAUCAGAGGACAAUUAAUAUCAAUAACUGCUGAAAAUAACAGUGGGUUGUCUAAGAAGAAUAAGAGAAAAGCUAACAUGAAACUAUCAUUUUCCAAAGAUUCAGAUGAAAUUGUUGAAGAAUUCCCUAAAAGUAAGAAAUCUAAGAAAGAAAAACAUAAACCUAUGGAAGAAGAUGAUCUGUCAUUGGAGUUGGAGGUUUCCCUUGAUCAAAUAAACAGUGAAAAUCUGAAUUCUUCCCAAAGUAUACUUAAGAGAAAAAGUAAAAAACAUAAAAGAAAGAGUAGUGACACAUUAUCACAAGAUGAAUAUAAAAUUGAAAUUGAUGCAGAUCAAGAAGGUUUAUCAAGAACAGGAGAUUCUGAAUUAUCAGAGACCAGAAAAAAGAAACGAAAAAGAUCACUCAGUGUAUCUGAAACUUUGUAUGAUGAACAUGAAAUGGAAAUGAAGAAACAAAAUAGGAAAAGAUCAAUCAGCAUCUCUGGAGAAAAUUGAAAAAAUGAAUUAG